AUGCCCGAAGCCAAACACUACCACUUUGAUGUCAAAAUGACUUGCGAAGGCUGCUCGAACUCUAUCAAAAGAGUUUUGACCAGAUUGGAGCCUGAGGUUUCCAAAUUUGAAGUUUCGUUAGAGAAACAGACAGUAGACGUCUUCACGCAUCUCCCAUUUGAAACAGUGCUCGCAAAGAUCAAAAAGACCGGUAAAGAAGUCAAAAAUGCACAGAUUGUAUGA